GCCAGAGUGGCUCUGAGAUUGCAUGAAAAAGGUUAUUAUACCGGGUUUAUAGAGCAGUAAUAAUCUCAGGCUGUAAAUCAGUGCAUUUCGACUCACACAAAAACACAGAAGAGCUCAGUUUUCCCAGGACUCAGCUGAACGGUUCAAGAGAGUUAAGAAGGAACUAGACAAGGAGAGGAAACUCGUGCAUAUAAUGGAGAGCUGGACAAUGUCGAAGCACCCAAGAAUUAUCCACAAGAGGAGGGAGAAGAUCACGGCUCUGCCUCUCUACUACUCUGGAAACCUGCUGAAGAAAAGCUCCAGAGAGAAGGAUUUCGAGCGCUUCUUCGGAGAGCUCAGAGGAUCAACGCUGUUUCUAUAUACCAGUGACACACAAGAUACAUACACAGAAAGCCUGGACCUGGACUUGCUAAAGAACAUAGAGCUGGAGUCUCAUAAAAAGAAGGUGCCAACUAUUUUCACCUUAGCUCUGCCCCUAGAGGAGGUGCAGUUAAAGAUGGACAAUGCUGAAACAGGAGAGGAAUGGAGAUGCUACAUUAUGACUGUAGUUAAUAAAGAGAUUCCCAAAAACCUUCAGAUGCUGCCUGGUCAGAAGAUGAAGCUGGAAGAGAUGCUGUCUCUGGAAAAGAAAAGAAACCCCCAGCUGCAGCGCCCAGCUCUUCCACCUCGACCGAGUUUCCUGAAGUCUAAAGAUACUCCGGCCCCUGACAUGCCUGCCUGUUUCUUCGAUGUAACUCGACAGGAGGCUGAAAAGAUGCUCAAGGAGAACCCUGAGAAUGGAAACAUCAUCCUCCGCCCGUCCACCAUGCCCAAGAACUACGCCCUGACGAUCAUUCAAAAGACGAGCAGUGGGGCUAUCCCGAAGAACUACAGGGUGACCUCCACAAGUUCUGGCUUUGUGAUUGAACUGGAUACUCCAAUGACCGUCCGCUCACUGAACGAUGUACUAAAGUACUUCCUGGAGAAGACUGAGUACCGCCUACGUCCCUACAUUGUAUCUCAGCCCUAUGAUACCCGGAUAGAGGUGUCCCCUCCCCCAAAGUGUGUCAGCGUCCCGCCACCUACAGUCCCCAGAGCCCAGGUGGCACCCAUGCAGCACUCCCAGACCAAAGACAAGCUUCUUCCCCCUCUACCCAAGCCUGAUGAGGGAGAAUAUGUGAUGCCAGAUGAGCCUGUGCUGGAUGAGCAAAUGAUGAUGAAAGCUCAGGUGUCUGAGCUUCAGGCAGUUUUACAAAUGAGAAAAAAAGAAAAUGUCUACAUGGAAACUGGAAUGGGCAAAGAAUCCACCUAUGAGAAUGGAAACGGUGAAAAUUGCAACUACAAGGUCCAGUGGGCUACAAACCGUCCCAUGUUAUGAACUUUAAAAUCCUGCCAAUCCAAUGUCAGAUUUAUUUAUGCCUCAAUUAUUACGUUUUCCACUGAAUUUGACUGCGUUCUGCCUUUACAAGUUUUUUUCUGUGGGGAUAUUAAACACAUGCCAAGGUUAUAUCAGAAAUAAAAAGGCUCCAAGUUUAUUAUAAGAGAGGAAGAGAGCCUUUGGACACUUUUCUUCCAACACUGUACAGAAUAAAAAACAGCAAAGCAAUCAUUUAAACAGACGUUUGGGUUUAUUUCCUAGGAUACAGAUUUUAUAUGUUUGAUGACAAACAAGCUAUUUUAUAUAUUUUUUAUGUUAGGGAUUAAGGUGAUUAUUCAACUUGUUCAAGACUAUAGAUGUCUCCAAAGUACCACCUGACAUCCACAGAUGAGACACUGUUCAUGAGAGUUAGAAAGCCAGGGGAGAAAAAAGCAAAUUAGCCAAAUAUGUUUAAAUAUUUUGUGAAUUUAAAGCCUUUUGAUGGAAACUUUGACUUUGUGUCAAACUGAAGGCCCAACAGAUGUGAGAACCUCCCCUUUUAUGACUGAACUUGAGUAGUUCUGAUCAGAAAGUUUUUGCACGGUUUAGAGAAUACGUUUGUUCCAUGUCUUAAUAGUUCAUUUCUGCAUUGUACCAUAUGCACUCUACAGUAUUUUGUUUACAUGUACCCCCAUAAAGCUGCAGAUCUCUGCAUUUGAUCCUGUUUCAUUAAGAAAAGCAUCUUGUCUUGAAAUGACUAGAAAAUAAUGACAAGCUAACGAAAGAAGUCUGAAAUAUCAAAGGGAAUUCAAGAAACACUAAAAAACACUAUACACUUUAGUGUUUAAGAAAAUGUAAAUUAUAUGUUGUAUAUAAACUUUUUUAUUGUACUUUUCACCUCCAAGCAUCCAUACUCUUUUUGUCUAUGUGUAGCAUUAUUAUAAAAAGUAUUUUCUGACUCGGUGCGCUGAUGUUUUCAAGGGAUUGUUGGCUAGCAGUGUCUAUAACACUCUCAAGACAAUCCAGACUCUUUUCAUGUGUCGUUCCACGAUGGUGGAAUGAUCUACUGAGCGCUACCAGAACAGUGUAGUGCCAGUUUAUCUUCAAGAAACUCUUGAAGACCCAGCUCUUUAAAGAGCUUCUCCUACCUUACCUCCUCUACUGCACUCUUUCUACACUGCUACCACCUAGACAGACCCUGACUAUUGGUUUCUUCUAGGUUUCUGUUAGCCUCGAUAUUAACUGCGUUGUUAUAUUUGUAUUUUUAAGUUGCUUAGGAUAAUUGUCUGCCAAAUGAAUUUAUGCAAAUAUAAAUGCGAUUCUGUCUCACAAUUCACUGAUGAUACGGUCAAAAUAAUAGAAAAGGAAAUCCUCACAUAUCACACGACUGUUGGCCAAACCAGACAUCCCAUUACGACCAACAUCUCCAGAUUUUCAUUUUUGAAAGCUGCUAAACUUCAGUUUUGGCUUAAUAUUUGUUUUAUUAUUAUUAUUAUUAGUGUAGCAAUGUCUAAUUAUACCACAAUGUAAAAAGAAAACAUAAUGAAACUGUAAACAUGUAAAAUAUUUUAAUGCAAGUUGAAAACAAAAGACCAUGAUCCAGGAUGAUCUUCAUUCUUUAUUUUUCACACUUAGGAGUAAGCCAACAUAAAUGUUUAGAAGUUUUUAUAUUACAUUAUGUUUUACUGUAUUACUUUCAUCAGUGUAGUGGAUCAUAUAAGCUUAAAGAUCAUUCAUCACUCAAAGAACAGCAAGACUGUGAAAAAUAUUCAAUAAAAAAGAAAAAGAAAGCUCC